AUGGCUCCUUCACAAAAAGAAGGAGGAAAAUCUGGUAAGGAAGAAGAAUAUACUGCAUUGGAGAAACAUGUAGCCUUCUUCGACAGGAACGGAGACGGUGUCGUUUAUCCUUGGGAAACCUACCAAGGAUUUAGAGCGAUAGGGGCAGGGCGUCUUAUGUCAGCUAUUGCUGGUCUCUUCAUCAACAUGGGACUUAGCCAUAAAACUCGCCCGGGGAAGGGAUUCUCACCGUUGUUUCCAAUAGAAGUGAAGAAUAGUCGUUUUGGCAUCCAUGGUAGUCACACCGACGCAUACGACAAGGAGGGAAGAUUUGUGGAAUCAAAAUUCGACGAGAUAUUCAAGAAGCAUGCUCGCUCACAUCGGAAUGCUCUCACUCACAAGGAAGUUUUUCAACUGCUUAAGUCGAACAGAGACCCUGGAGACUUUGCAGGAUGGCUAUCAGCAUACGGGGAAUGGAAAGUAUUAUAUGAAUUAUGCAAAGAUAAAGAUGGUUUAUUGACGAGAGAGGCAGUGAAGGGAGCCUACGAUGGCAGCAUUUUCAGAAAAUUGGAGAAACAACGAUUAUCUUCUUCUUCUCGUAACAAGAAAGAAAAAAGAUCACGUUAA